AUGGCAGCCAACCCUGACAGUAUUCUGCGCGAGGUCAACAUCCUCGGCGAACUCAACGACCAGAACCGUCACAUCCUCAGCAAGGACGCCUGUGUCUUCCUUGCCCUCCUCCACCGCACAUUCAACGAGCGCCGGAAAGCGCUUCUACAGCGACGGGUAAUCCGCCAGGCUGAGCUCGACAAGGGAAACCUUCUCGACUUCCUCCCAGAGACCAAGCACAUUCGUGAGAAUGAUACGUGGAAGGGCGCACCACCAGCGCCAGGUCUCGUCGACAGGCGUGUCGAGAUUACAGGCCCGACUGAUCGCAAGAUGGUUGUCAAUGCCCUGAACUCGAACGUCUGGACAUACAUGGCCGAUUUCGAAGAUUCGUCUGCGCCGACAUGGGACAAUAUGAUCAAUGGCCAAGUGAACCUGUACGAUGCCAUCCGUAGGCAAGUCGACUUCAAGCAAGGCGAGAAGGAGUACAAGCUACGCACCGACCGAACACUUCCCACCCUCAUUGCCCGCGCCCGAGGAUGGCACCUCGAGGAGAAGCACUUCACCGUCGACGGCGAGCCCAUGUCUGGCAGUCUCUUCGACUUUGGACUGUACUUCUUCCACAACGCACAUGAGCUUGUCAAGCGUGGAACCGGGCCAUACUUCUACCUGCCCAAGAUGGAGUCGCAUCUCGAGGCGAGGAUGUGGAACGAUGCGUUCAACUUGGCUCAGGAUUACAUUGGCAUGAGGCGUGGAACUAUCCGUGCUACUGUCUUGAUUGAGACCAUCACAGCCGCAUUUGAGAUGGAUGAGAUCAUCUACGAGCUCCGCGACCACUCUGCUGGUCUGAACUGCGGUCGCUGGGACUACAUCUUCAGCACCAUCAAGCGUUUCCGCCAGAACCCGAACUUCGUCCUGCCCGACCGCGACUCCGUCACCAUGACCUCGCCCUUCAUGGACGCCUACGUCAAGCUCCUCAUCAAGACAUGCCACAAGCGCGGCGUCCACGCCAUGGGCGGCAUGGCAGCACAAAUCCCCAUCAAGAACGACGCCCAAGCAAACGAUGCUGCCAUGGCAAAAGUCCGCUCUGACAAGCUCCGCGAGGCCCGCGCCGGCCACGACGGCACAUGGGUCGCCCACCCAGCCCUCGCAGCCAUCGCAAGCGAAAUCUUCAACGAGCACAUGCCUACGCCCAACCAAAUGCACGUCCGCCGCGAAGACGUGCACAUUACCGCCAACGACCUGCUCAACAUGAACGUCCCCGGUCAAAUCACCGAAGCAGGUAUCCGCAAGAACCUCGACAUCGGCCUCGCCUACAUGGAAGCCUGGGUCCGUGGCGUCGGCUGCGUCCCCAUCAACUACCUCAUGGAAGACGCGGCCACGGCCGAAGUGUCAAGGAGCCAGCUUUGGCAGUGGGCUAGACAUAACGUCAAGACUGCUGAGGGAAAGAGGGUUACCAAGGAUUAUGCGCUCAAGCUGCUUCAUGAACAGGCCAAGGCGUUGAGUGAGAAGGCGCCCAAGGGGAAUAAGUUUCAUCUCGCGGCCAAGUACUUUGAAGGACAGGUUACGGGUGAGGAUUAUGCAGAGUUUUUGACUUCGUAA